ACGUCUCGUACUUGCCGGUACUUUUACGCGUGCACACCUAGCCCACCAGUGGACACGUGACCGCGCAACCGCCACGUGCUUCGGCCCUAAACGACACGCGUCCCACCGUCCACGACUACGAUGCGUUCUCCUGCCUUCGAACGACCUUUAAACCGCCGUCUUCUAUCUUUUGUUCUUCUCGCCGCGUUCUCCAGACAAUUCGUCGACGCUCGUCAGCCGGAAACCGUGCUCCUCGACUUCCUCGCGAGACCCUUUGCACCCUCUGGCAAUGCGUCCGAGCAGUGCCUCACAGAUAGCGCGAUUUACUUGACGGAAGUCUCUCGAUUCGCGCCCUGGGCUCUUCAGAUGUACGACUCGUCCGUGAAAAUUCCAGCGGGUAUAAUCACGGGUAAUUACAAGCUGCUAGGCAAUUACGACGAGUGUCUGCGUGUGAGAAGCGGACACGGAUUUACCGGGAAGGCCUGCACCGCCAUGGUACAUUUCGACAUUGCGAAGGACACCGGUGAACCUCGGGAUCGCGAUCUGGGCGAUCUGUUAUUCAAUAUGGCCGUCGCGUCGGGUACAAAAUGGUCAUACGGGAAAACGGUGACCUACGAGUGGAUGUGGUGCAUCCCUUCGACCUGUAACCAGACGGAAAUGCAGACUGCGUUGGGGACUGUCCUCGACUCUCUUAAGGUGAAAGGUCGAGUGGAUGUCGCGGUUAACGUUCCAGAGAACUCUUGUCACACCGCAGAAUCGGAUCAACCAGUGUUCGACGCAACCGACUGGAUCUACAUAUCGAUCCUCGCGACAUUCGCGGUGAUCAUUAUCGCCAGCACAAGUUACGACAUCGCCAAGCAAGGCCGUUUGAGCGCGUUGAACCGAAAAGGUACGCGUCACGUUCUAUUGACUGCGUUCUCCGUCUACACGAACGGGAGAAAUCUGUUGAGAACGGACAGACACAGAGAUUCUAUUCGAUGUCUCGACGGAUUGCGUUACUUAAGCAUUUGUUGGAUAAUCUACGGUCACACGUUCUAUUCCGAGGUCGUCAGCGUUAAAAUAAACCUCAACGAGAUCCCAUCCCUGCACUUGAAUUGGGGCAACAUGCUGCUGUUGAACGCGAACAUGGUCACCGACACGUUUUUCCUCUUAAGCGGCGUCCUGAUGGCCUACACGGCGAUGGCAAAGGACGAAAAGAAUCUGCGAGGGAGUUUCAACGUGAUCGGUCUUUAUCUUCAUCGUUACAUUAGACUGACACCGGCGUACGCGAUGAUGAUUGGCUUUUACGCUACUCUUUUCUACAAACUUGGAACCGGACCGGAGUGGGACCAAACGGUCGGCCAAAAUAGGGACUUCUGCCGGGAGAAUUGGUGGACGAACCUUCUCUACGUUAACAAUUACGUUAAUCUAGAAAAAAUAUGCUUGUCUCAGUCUUGGUACUUAGCGACCGACAUGCAACUCGUCUGGUUGUCUCCGAUUUUCUUGUACCCUAUGCUCCGGUUCACCCAAAAAGUCUUUUGGCUCGUCGUCGCCUCGGGCAUCGUUAUCUCCGUCCUCGUACCAUUUUUCAUAACAUACGUGUUGGGGCUACCAGGAACCAUGCUUUAUUACAAGGACUCCCUGGCCGAAGUUUACGUGCAAAUUUACACAAAGGUUUACAAUAGAUACGGGUCUUACUUAAUAGGAUUGGCUCUGGGUUACAUUCUGUACAAGACACGAACGCGAGUUGUGAAAAUACGUUCGAUUUACGUGAUCCUUGGCUGGUUGGUCGCUGCUGUGUCCGGUUUGUUCAUGGUUAUCGAACCUCGAUGGAUGUACUUCGACGAUCACCUCUACAACAAGUUCGAAGCGAGCUUCUACGCGGGCUUCCAUAGGCAAAUCUUCGUCCUUUCCGUUUCUUGGAUCAUUUUCUGCUGUGUUCACGGUUACGCUGGUUUCCUGGAUCAAUUUCUCUCGUGGAGAGGAUGGGUUCCCUUCGGUAGAUUGACCUACAGUGCCUACCUGUGCCACUACAUCUUUCUGCUCAUGCAACAGGGGUCGGUUCGAACGCCUGGAAUAAUUUCUAGCAUGUCGGUCUUUCGUAGCUUCUGCAGCAACCUGUGCCUCACGAUGAUGUUCUCCGCCCUCUGGAGCCUCUGUUUCGAGAUGCCUUUCAUGACCCUGGACCGCACGUUGCUCUCUCACAGGAAAAAUUUGUUGAGGCUCGCCGGAAACUCUGACCAAGGGAAGAUGUACGGUUCCACCGACUCGAGCAAGGAGAUCUAUCGAUCCACGAACGAGUCCUCCACCACGAUCUCGCGGGAUUGCGAGGACAGUUACAACGGAAAGCCCAGCGACGUCAGCGUGUACGAUUCCACGGGAAACGUUAACGGCUAUCAGCCGGUUAUUUACGAGUCGAAUUCUUCGCAAGACUUGAAGUCCCACUCGAAGGACCAAAAGUGUCCUUUUAUUUUCGUGAUCGGUGGCCCGGGGAACGCCAAUUCCUGGACCAAGAAGGGUAACGUUCAUCAAAACAGCGGCUUCAACGAAGAAUCUGACGAUGCGAAACGAAACAAUGAUUCCAACGAAACGAAUAAAACGAGAGACUGCUGAUUAAUUCGUUCUGUAUCAUAAAAUAAGCUUGCGGGUCAAGUAUUAAUUUAUACGAGGAUUAAAAAUCGUUAUCGAAACGUUGGUUUAAAACGUCGAUCGCUAUGCUAGUCGUUAAAUCCGCGAAAGCGAUAUCGUGACAUUCGUAAGAUGAAAGUAAUAUGAAAAUAGGGGUAGUUUAGGCGUAGAACGAUUAGUAGGAUCGUUUAGAGUAUCUUUCGGUGGAAUGUCAGUGCCCAGACUAAUGGAAACAAUGAAUUUUUUAAUAAAUAGGGUUAACGGAAGUGUGGCGACAAUGUGCCAUAGAGUAUUGGUGUUGUAAAUCACGAGAUCGCUGGAUCGAGACUCAAUAUGUAAAAUAUUUCGGUACAAUUUAUCUCAGUUUUCUUACGCUCGCUCUUGCGUUUAUAUUAAUAUGCUAGCUUGUCUGUUUUAUUCAGGAUGUUAAUGAAAAGGGGUUCAGAACUUUCUAGAUAGAUAGACUCGGCAAAUGGAAGAGAAAUGUGGGUAAAAAGAAUUAAUAUUAAUAUAAAGGUCAUUACUAUUAUUACUGAGGUUGUUAUCGUUAACGAGCGAAUCCUUUAGUACAAAAUGCAUAAUAUAAAGAUAUAACUAGAAUAUAAGAAGAAUAUAUAUGUUACACAAAAAUCAGAAUACAAACAAAUAUCUAGAAUCCAGAUAAUACUAGUCAAAGAUCGAUUGAUUAUUAUACGUUCAGUUGCAAAAAUAAUACUCUUUAGUUAUUGUUAAUGUAUGUGCGUACGAUAUCACUAAUAAAUCUAAACAAGAGAUCAUAAAUUUGUAAUUAUGACACGUUAUUGGUUCAAGAGGAUCCACAUUAAAAGCAGUAAAAC